GCCCCUACCUAGAGUCUGUGGCUUCUUGCUAUGCAGAGUUCAGGGAACUCCUUAUGGGUUGGUUUUGGGGUGCUGCUGCCUAGGCGUGGCAGCUGUGUUGGAGAGGGAAAAGAAGGCUUCCCCCCACCAGCUUCCUAGCCCUUGCGGUAACUACAGACAGGAAACUUGAAAUCUGAGCUUACUGAGUUAAGGCCGGUAAAGGAUGGGAUACCCUGGCAGAUAGGGAGAGAUCAGGAGUUAUCUGGGCCUCUGUCCAUUGCCCUAGGCCUUGCAAGAUUCUCACAUAGUUGCAUCCCUUUGUUGCAUCCAUGUGCACUUUCUUCCCCCAUCCAGAGCAUGGGCUGAGUGGAGGAAAUGGAAAGAUGGGGUCAGACAGGGUAAGUGGUGUUCCUCCCCAGCUUCCCUCCCCAACAGGGUCUAACUGGGGAGACGGCGGCAGGUAGGGUGGAGGUCCAAUGCAGAGCAAUUAUAGAGAAAAGCCAGGGCCUGCCUCAUCACCUGGAUUCCACAGAUGCUGGUGAGCGCGGAGGCCCCAGGCAGGGCCAGCCAAGACUGAGUCUUGGAUGGUGUAGAAAGAUAGAGCUGGAAGGGAGACUGCAGAGAAGAAAGAAGAAGGAAGGAAGGCAGGGCCAUGACACAGUAAGUCGCAUGAAGGCUCCCGGACUUUUAUUUCCUGGCUACUCCACACAUACUGAUAUCCUGGGACAGCACUGUGAUCAUAGAGAAAAUUACAAAGCUGAAUGGAACCCUGAAGAUCAUAUAUUUGAGCCAUUUGAUUUGAGACUGAAGAACCUAAAACCUAAAGGUGUCUAAUAUGGCUACUUUGGAAUCUGACCCAGACGGGACGCCAACUGCUGGUUUAGACACACCUGUGUGUCUUUUUGCAGGAGCCUGGGGAGGGGCCAUGGUGCCAACCCAGUUGUGGGGGAGACUGGAGAAGCCGCUUCUCUUCCUGUGCUGCACCUCCUUCCUCCUGGGGCUGGCUUUACUGGGCAUACGGCCGGACAUCGCCCCUGUUGCUUAUUUCUUUCUCGCCUUGGGUGGCUUCUUUUUGUUUGUCUGCCUCCUGGCCUGUGUUCUGGAAUGGGGGUUGCGAUCAAUGCAGACGGAGAGCCCAGGGGCCUCAGGCAAUGCACGUGACAAUGAAGCCUUUGAGGUGCCAACCUACGAAGAGGCUGUGGUGUUGGAAUCACAAUGCCGCCCCCAGUUGUUGGAUCAGCCACCCCCCUACAGCAGUGUUGUAAUCCCCCCAGAACUUGAGGAAGGACAGCCUAGCAAUCCAGACGGCCCCGGUAGAGCCCGACUAGAAAGGCGAGUAGUGGGCUCAGAGGGGUCUAUUACCCCACAAAACUCCGGAAGAGAUCCAGUCAGCCUUCGGCUUCGGGGAUCCCGGGUCAUGUCUACUGCUCCUGAUCUGCAGAGCUUGAGGGUGCCCCCCAAACUGGAGCCUCUUACUCCACCCCCUGCCUAUGAUGUCAGCUUUGGUCAACCUGAUGAUGAUGUUUUCUUUGAAAACAACUGGACGCCCCCGUAAAAGACUUUCCCACGAUACAUCAUCUCUGCACCAGACCCAUUCAUGCAUUUGACCAACAUUUCCCAGUGCCUGCUGUGUCAGGAACUGUGUUUCUGCAUGGGGAACUGAACACAGAGGGGAGUCAGGCUAUGGUAAGCCUUUUCCAGCUGAGAUGUAUGUGGCACAAUUUGAGUCUUCAGGUAACAUUCAGUGACCUACCCCAUAUCCGGUAUUUCCAGAGUUAGAUGGAGGGUAAGAGGAGUGAUCCAGAGAAUCUGGAGAAGGAAGAAAAGAAACAUCUGAGUGACAGCUAUGUUGUUUCUGUUCUGGGUGUUUCUGUCUACCAGCUCAAUUAGGCUUCCCAGCCAUGUAAGAUGUUACUACCCUCAUUUGAAAAAUGAGGAUUCCAAGGGACAGUGAAGUUUGAGAAUUUGCACAGGGGCACACUCCUAGUAAACAGCAUAAAAAUGAUUUUAACUGUACUCUUCUGAUCCCGAGUCCCAUUGUAUUUUCAAUUACAAGGUCAUCCACAAAAUCUCUCAAUCUCUAUCUUGGACAACUGCUGGACAGAGGUGGGAGACUUCCUAUAGGCAGAAUGGUGGAAUAGUUGUGUCUGCAGACAGUGUGGGCUGAGUGUGACCAAGAGUGUGCCCAGCCUCCUGGAUAAGCAAAACUAAUCAAAGCUGUGACAGCCCGUGCUCCAGGUAGGGAGCAGUUUCUGCCCAGGGGCUGAAGAGCAGUCUCUAGUGCUUCCUAGCGGGAAGCAACGGAGUAAACUGCCCCAGGGGGAGGGGCUUCCGAUUUUGAGAUGGGUGGAUGAGGGCCAGAAAGGAUAAAACUGGAGCUUGGCGAGGGGUGGCGGAGUAUCUAAGGCUCCCUCUUGAAUCACCUAUGAAGCGCUGGAGCCACCCGCACGGUGUCUAACCGUUAAGCCUUACCCGUGCGCUCUGACCACAGGGUUUUACCCCAGUCCCCCGGUCCAGCUUCCUCGGAUCCCACCAGAACACCAGAUUUUCUGGAAUCGUGCUGUGGCUACGAUGCAGGUUUUAGCCACUGGGAGCGGCCCAACCAUCGACGACCCACCCUCCUCAGGGGUGUGCUCCCCACUUAGGCAUUCAUCCACUGUGCGAUAUCUGUCUAACGCCUUCCAGUGCUCUCCCAUCUCCCCCUUACCCUGGCCCCAACAGUUCAAUAAAGUCAAAAGUCCGGCCAAACC